AUGGCAAAGCGGGCGUUGAGUGAGGCUGAAAUUGAUCAAACCACGAUUCUUAGGGACGACAAAAAGAUAAAGCUUCAAGAUGAGAAAACACCGGAACCGGAGACCGCAGGUGUUCCAAGUGAUACCAUGCCGCUGUCCAACAACAACUAUACCGUUGGUUGGAUCUGCGCGAUAACCACAGAAUAUGUUGCCGCGCAAGCAUUCCUUGAUGAGACGCACGGGGAGCCAGAACAUCUGGCCACAAACGAUGAUAAUAUCUAUACACUCGGAAAGAUAGGGAAGCACAACAUCGCUAUCACCGUCUUGCCACAUUGGGAGUACGGAACGGCUUCUGCAGCAGCGGUUGGAACCCACAUGCGGCAUUCGUUCGCAAAUAUACGAAUCGGCUUGAUGGUCGGGAUCGGGGGAGGAGCUCCAAAUCAAAAGCAUGAUAUUCGUUUGGGCGAUAUUGUGGUGAGCACUCCUCGCGACGGGAAGGGCGGUGUGAUCCAGUAUGACUUUGGUAAAACAAUACAAGAUCAGUGCUUUCGCCUGACUGGCUUCUUAGACCAGCCUCCUCUACUUUUGCGGACGGCGGUAAAUGCGUUGAAGGCCAAGUAUGAGGUUGAUGGCCACCAAAUUGCAGAUGCAAUAAAUGCCGUCUUCGACCAGAGGCCAAGGCUGCGAAAGAACUACCAGCGGCCGGAUCCUAAAUCAGACAUAUUGUAUCAAGCUGACGUUGCCCAUUCAGCCUCGGAGGAUGAAAGCUGCGAGCAUGCCUGUGGGACCGAUGACUCGCCAAAGGUAGUACCAAGGUCACCACGGGAUGAGGACGAGGACAACCCGGCCAUUCAUUAUGGAAUGAUUGCCUCGGGCAACCAACUCAUGAAGGAUGCUCUGAUUCGGGAUAAGCUUGCAGCGGAACAGGACAUAUUAUGCUUUGAGAUGGAAGCAGCAGGGUUGAUGAACCACUUUCCAUGCCUAGUCAUCCGCGGUAUAUGUGACUACUCGGACUCUCACAAAAAUAAGAAAUGGCAAGGGUUUGCCGCAAUGGCGGCCGCAGCUUAUGCGAAGGAUCUGCUCUAUCGAAUUCCACCAAGCAAGGUUGAGGCGGAAAAGAAGAUAACCGAUAUCAUUUCGAAUGUCCAAGAGACGGUCACAGGUGUUUCGAAAGAAAUAAACAAUUUACUUCAUCGCCACCACGCUGAGGAAGAUGAAGAGAUCCUAGAUUGGAUUACACCAGUGGACUAUACUCCACGACAAAACGACUUCAUCAAGAGGCGGCAACCGGGUACUGGCCAAUGGCUUCUAGACUCCGAAGAAUUUCGUGCAUGGGUCGAGGGUAAAGGGCAAGGAUUGUUUUGCCCAGGAAUCCCCGGCGCAGGCAAGACAAUUCUGGCGGCAAUAGUGGUCGAUCAGCUCUGUGCAAAGUUCCAAGGCAAGACCAGUCUGUUGAAGCAAAUGAUUCAACAGCAGCCCUCUGUACCCGACGAUAUCAAGCAACUCUAUGGCCGUCACAAAAAGCGCCGAACGCGCUUCUCUGCUGAGGAGCUGUCCCAAAUGCUACAGGCCACUACAAAGCUUUUUUCUAGAACUUUUAUUGUCGUCGAUGCGUUGGAUGAGUGCCAGAAAACCAACGGAUGUCGAAAAAGUUUUGUUGACGACCUGUUCAAUCUACGAGCAAACUACGGCGUCAAUCUGUUCACGACUUCUCGGUGCGUCUCAGAGAUCUUGGAUACUUUCAAUAUACAUACCAGCUUGGAGAUUCGGGCGCAUGGAGAUGAUUUACGAAGAUACUUGGGUGGAUGCAUGACCCAACUACCAGCGUUUGUUCACAGAGACCCGAGCCUACAGACUGAGAUCAAAGACGGGAUAGUGGAUGCAGUAGAUGGCAUGUUUCUUUUGGCGCAGCUGUAUAUGGCUUCUCUCACUGACAAAGAGAGCAAAAAAGCGAUCAAGUCUGCGUUAGACCAGUUUCGAAAACAGACCGCGGACCAGGACGAGGAUACUAAAUUACAAGUCCUAUCAGAAGCAUAUGAUCAAGCACUGGAUAGAAUAAAGGCCCAGAAAACGGGCUUUCGCCAGCUCGGGGAGAGAACUCUGCUUUGGAUAACAUGUGCCAAAAGACCUCUAACAGUCUCGGAGCUCCGACAUGCUCUCGCUGUGGAACAUCAGACCGACAAACUAGAUAAAGAUAAUAUACCCGAAACCGAAGACAUGGUCUCUGCAUGUGCUGGCUUGGUCACUGUUGACGAGGAAAGCGAAAUCAUCCGUCUAGUACACUACACCAUGCAGGAAUACUAUUCUCGGAAUCGUCAUAACCUAUUUACAGAAGGGGAGGAAAGCAUGGCAAAGACCUGUGUCACAUAUCUCUCAUUCUCGGUCUUCAGCGUAGGGCCAUGCAAAUCGGAUCAAGCGCUGGAAAGUCGGCUAGAGGAAAAUCUCCUCUAUGAUUAUGCCGCACGAAAUUGGGGUUGCCAUGCUCAGAAAUUAUCAGUCUCCACGAAGAAGCUGAUUCUAAAAUUUCUUGCAAGUCCUAACUCACUUUCUGCCUCCUGCCAAGCGAUGCUAGCAGUAAAACUCUUUGGGGGCGACUCUGAAUACGCUCAAAGAGUACCAGGAAGAAUGACAGCCGCGCAUGUGGCCGCGCAAUUUGGUCUCAGCGAUAUUAUAAGAUCUCUUGCCGGCAGCUAUGCUAUCGAUUCGAGAAACUCCCACGGGCGAACUCCGUUAUCUGUGGCCUCUGAGCAUGGACACAAUGAUGUGGUGACGAUUUUACUAGAGAAGGAGGGGAUCGAUAUCAAUGUCAUGGAUACUACUCAUUCACGGUCUCCGCUCUCUUGGGCCGCGGGAAACGGACAUUCCAAAGUAUGCCAGUCACUGCUGAAUAGAGAUGGAAUAGAUCCCGAAUCUCGAGACUCCGGUGGACGGACGCCUCUUUCAUGGGCCGCAGGUAACGGGCAGGCCGAUGUAGUCCGGCUUUUACUCCGCCAAAGUGGAGUAUUGCCGGACUCCAAAGCCACAUGGUGGAAUAAGGGCCGUACACCUCUUUUACAGGCCCUAGUAAAUAACCAUGAAUCGGUAGUUAAGCUGCUUGUAGAUUCGGGAAGAGUCGAUUGCGACUCAAAGGAUGAUGACGGACGGACACCGCUGUCAUAUAUGGCUCAGCAUGGAUGGGAGCUCCUUGCCAAACAGCUUCUGUCGAGAGAUGAUGUAAACGCUAACUCCAUGGACAAGUUUGACAGGACUCCACUCUCCUGGGCCGCACAAUAUGGACAGGAAGGUUUGGUCAAAAUGUUACUUGCCAACAAUCAAAUCAACCCAAAUACCUGCGAUAGUAACGGCUUCUCGCCCUUGGCAUGGGCAGCAAAGCAAGGGCACGAAAUGGUGGUGAGGUUGCUACUGAGAAAGGAGGAUAUUUCUCAAAAUUUCCAGGACACAGUUGGUCGCACACCAUUAGCGUGGGCCGUGAAAAGCGGGCAUACAAAUUGGACAGGCACCUUUGUCAUGGGCGGCACAGAACGUGCGGACGGGGCAGUUAAUCAGCUUCUUGACAAGGAUGGGAUAGAUCCUGAAUCUAGAGAUGACAGUGGUCGGACUACGCUGUCGUGGGUGGCAGGAAGCGGUGACCCGAUAUUGACGAAGAAACUUAUCGAGAUGCACGGAGUAGACGUCAACUCCAAAGAUAGACUCGAUCGGACGCCUCUUUCAUGGGCAACGGAGAACAGACACGAGAUCAUUAUGAACUUGUUGCUCGCUGAUGACCGUACAGCUGACAAGCCUCGCAAAAAUAUCAACUCGGCUCCGAAUGGGGAACAGAAACCUCUGAGCGACGAACAGAAAACAGCUAUCAAAGAGCCAUGGGCUUCGAAUUGGCCUCCGUCCCUGCCAUCGUACGGAGGUCAACCUAGCCCUCCGGCCCCUGCCGUUGCCACAGAGGCGCAUGCGGCGGAGCACAAGAUCCCUCCAGGUUUCUCAUUGGAGAACUGGGAUCCUCGUGAACAGCCCAUUCUCCUCUUUGAUAGUGUAUUUGACGCUAUCAGCCUGGGCAAGUGGAUCUAUGACUGGUCCGCCUACAAGGCAGGAUCUCGGGCGCCUCUCGCAGAGAUGGCUGGUGAGCUCUGGUUACUCCUUCUCAAUCUUUCAGAGAAGACCAGCCGCGCCGAGGGGAUUGUUGGCUCGAUCCGCAGCAAGGAGAAGAAGCAGAUCGUCGAGGAAUUCCUUGAUAGCAGCGAGCGUCUGAUGAGUAUACUCCAACUUCUCCUUAAGAAAUGUGAGGUGCCUAUACUCGAGGCCAGCAGUAAGAAGCAGUCGCUUGGACUAAAGUCCGGAAUCGUUUUUGUCGAUAUACUCUUUGGCCGCGACCACGAACUUAACCGAACAGAGAAGUUCAUGCAGAAGGUACGCAAGUGGGCUCUCCGCUUCGAUGUCAAUACUAGUCCAAUUCUGGAUCACCCUACCCAGUAA